AUGCCUGUUCUACGACUCCCUCCAAAUGUUGGCGCUAUUGCUCCAAGAGAUGAUCCUCCAUCGCCCUGCUGGCCAGAGGCUUCACGCCCAUGGCCUUCAUCCUCGACCGCAUCUGCUAGCAGUUUGAGCACACUGUCGUCCACCAGUACCUCAUCGGUGCACACUCCCUCAUCUUGGAGGUCACCAAGUACAUCUCAGGCAACUUCUUUGCUUUCUGGUGGUACUCAGCCGCCCAAAGAUUCAUCGCCUACACCUUCGAUAGGCAUCCCAGCUUCAUCAACAAUUACUUCGAACACAACUUCUGCUCCCCCCUGCACUCUGAAUGAGGAGUGCACUAAUGCUACACAAGUCGCUCUCGCAAUUUCAUCACGCUCAGAUGGGAACAAAGGGGCCAUCAUUGGCGGAGUGAUAGGCGGACUAGUUUUGCUUGCCGCUUGCGCUAUCGCAGGGCUCCUACUCUACCGGCGAAAACGCAGACGCAACAAAGCGCCGUCAUCCGAGUUCAUGCAUUCAGCUCGUAAAGGGCCUCCGCCGAAGCCGGCGGAAUUCUCUUUCCUCCCACCUUACACGCCAACACCCGACCACGUAAUUCAAAGCGAGCCUCGAAGACAUUCGCCUUCACCUCCACCUCCACCAGUACCACGAAAAUCAUGGCUCAUUAUUCCUGGUGGUUUGACUAUCAUAUCGGCUCCUGCAGACCGCCGCCAGUCAAGAAUAUCCGGGACAUCAAGUGCCCACUGCCCCACCUCACCUUCCCCACAUCUUCUUGUCGCGCAGGAGCACGACAGAUACGACAUCGACGAACUGUCCUCGGAGGGGCAUGACUCUACUGCGGAGCCAGACGAGAGCGUGGUGCAGCAUGAUCCCAGACCGUGUCCUUGAACCGUCUUCAAUAGUACCCAUUGCGGCUUUGCUGGUCCGAGUUUUUCAAUUUAAGUGUCACUGUGGCGAUGUAUGCGAAGCAUCUUGCGUGCUGUUGCGUUCCCAGCAUCUCAGAAGCAGUGAUAUCGAGUCUCGUGAUGAUCGGUGCUCCAUUGUGGACAUCUGAAGAG